GUGCUGGAUUCGGCCUAGGUGUGGUCUUCUCCGUCAUCUUCUUCAAAAGAAAGACCUGGCCGCUCGCUUUCGGCUCGGGGAUGGGCCUAGGAAUGGCGUACUCCAACUGCCAACACGACUUCCAGGCUCCGUACCUUCUCCACGGGAGAUUCAUCAAGGAGCAGUGAUGGGGUCCUGACCUUUCUGUGGCAGAGCAGCGGAGACACCUCGGCCUCCUCCUCUCCGUGGGGAGACAGGCACCCUUGGAGACCCGUGGACUUGCCGGCUGCCCCUCUGGGGAGGGGGCGGCUGCCACCCACCGCCACCACCACUACGCCUCCAAGCAAAUCUCGAUUUUGUAUCUUCUUCUUCUUUGGGGGGAACAGCAGGGAAAGGGGCCGUUCUGGGAAAGGCAAUAAAACGGACA